GUGUGUUCUUGGGAAUCGGUUUGAACCCGCCUUCUACUACAAACACAACAUUCUCUGCAGUGUAGACAGACACCUUCUGCUGCUUGCUGCUUGGAACUGGCUGACCGAAUUUGUAAAUGGCUGAGGAGGUUUUAAUCCCGCCGUCAGGAAAAAUCACAUCGCACCUGACUGGCUCUUUGUUAGCAGUGGCAUUCCUUACUUCGUUUGGGAGUUCUAUGCUUUAUGGCUACAACCUCGCUGUGGUCAACUCCCCUGCUGACUACAUAAGGGACUUCUACAACCAGACAGCAUUGAGCCGUAAUGGAACUGGACUCAGCAGGGAGACAUUGACUUUGAUGUACUCUCUCACUGUAUCCGUCUUUGCUAUUGGAGGUCUACUUGGUUCUCUUGCUGUCGGCAUGCUGGUCACACGCUUUGGCAGGAAGGGCACAGUGGUAAAGACAACUGUGUUGGUGUUUAUUGCUGGCUCACUCAUGGGCUUCAGUAGGAUUUGUGGUUCACCUGAGAUGGUCAUCUUUGGCCGUUUCAUCACUGGAAUUCACUCAGGUAUCUCUCUAAGUGUCGUGCCAAUGUACCUGGGUGAAAUAGCACCCAAGAACUUGAGAGGUUUCCUUGGUCUUGUUCCAAGUAUCUUCAUUGGCACUGGAGUCUUUGCUGCCCAAAUCCUCGGCCUCCAUGAGCUUCUAGGAAAGGAGGAGCACUGGCCUCUGUUUCUUUCAGUGGUGGUGAUACCCACUUUCAUCCAGUUGAUGCUUUUGCCAUGGUUUCCAGAGAGCCCUAGGUACUUGCUGAUUGAGAAGCGCAACGUCCACGCCACAAUCACAGCUCUGAAAUGGUACAGAGCAAAAUGUAACAUCCAAGCCGAGAUUGAAGAGAUGCAAGAGGAGCAGCGCUCACUAUCAUCAGUGGAAACCCUGUCGGUGUGGAGCGUGUUACUGGAUGAGACAGUCCGCUGGCAGGUGUUGACUGUGGUGGUCAUCAACAUUGGCAUGCAGCUUUCUGGUAUCGAUGCUAUCUGGUUUUAUACCAAUGACAUCUUUAAGAAUGCAGGUAUCCCAGUUCCAGAGAUCCAGUAUACCACAGCAGGGACAGGAAUUAUAGAGAUCAUCGCUGGACUCAUUGGGUGUUUCACCAUUGAGAAACUGGGCAGGAGGCCCCUCAUGAUUGGAGGGUUUGCAGUGAUGGGCGUCUGCUGUUCUGGAAUUACUUUAGCACUCCUUUUACAAACGCAUUUGUCAUUCAUGCGCUACAUCAGCGUCUGCUGUGUGGUUGGCAUCAUCGCUGGCUUCUGUAUUGGACCAGCGGGGGUUCCCUUCUUGAUCACAGCAGAAUUGUUUAAACAGUCUCAUCGCCCAGCUGCCUAUAUCAUUGGGGGGUCACUCAACUGGCUGUCCAACUUCACUGUGGGCUUUGUGUUCCCCUUUUUACAGAGGUCUGCUGGGUCUUACUGCUACUUGGUGUUUGCAACCAUUUGUGUGACUGUUGCCAUCUACGUUUAUAUUGUAAUCCCAGAGACCAAGAAUAAGACUUUCAUGGAGAUCAGCUGGAUGUUCUCUAAGAAAGAGGCAGUCCUGGAGACCCAGGGUCUUACCCACAUUGACCAACUAAAGCUGAAGAAGAUGAAUGGCUAUGGUGGUAUGGAACAUACUUCACUGGAGUUUGACAGCUCCUCUUCUGUUCCUUGACUGAGAUUUUUGUCAUUUCUUACUGAGAACAGCAAACCAUUGAAUAUUUCAACAAGUACAGGAAACAAUACCUCACUUGCACUCAGUGGGAUCAAACUGGGCGAAGCUGAACUUUCCACUUCAAUAAAACUGAGGUUCAAAGCAUUGCUUGAUAAGGAGUAUAGUAUGCUGUUUAGGUACUUUUGGCUUCUUCUAUCAACUCAAUUAAUAGGCCAUUUUCAGAAUAAUACCCAAGUCACUAAAAUCUAAAGAAAUAUCACCAGAAUGUGAUGACAAAGAGUUUUCUGCUAUCUACACUGAGCUUUAGGGUUGUGAAUUGCAUAUUUUCAUCAGCUCUUUGUACAUUCAAAAAACUUGAUUUAUGUUUCAGUGGGUUUGACUUGGUUUGAGUGUGGUGUAAAUGGUUUUUAUGGUGUUCAAAUGAAAACUGUUACAUUCGUUUUCAGAGUUUUUGUACAGGUAUGUGCCUAGCCAGCUGAAAGCGACAUCUGUCUGAAUAAAAGCUGCGUUUUACAGAAGUUUAACUAGAAAUCCCACCAGUCAUUAUUUCAAUGCAAGAAAUACUAAACUAUGUAGAACAUUUCUGGGUAUAUACUUUAGGGUCAGCUCGACAAAGUUCACCUAUAGCUGAGAACCAAUUCUGUGUCCAAUUACGUCUUUUUUUCUCAUUUUCUUUUUUUAAGGAACAGCAUUCUUCAGUCUUUUGUAAAUUGCAGUUGAUCUCUCAUGUAAAAUCUCAAUAUCUAUGCAUGCUUUGAUAACAUCAUCCUCUAUUUGUCAAUUAUAAGUGAUUAAUGUUCUUCAGAUCUAAUAAAAUACGAAGACCAUAUCUGCAAGCAUGUUCAUCCUAUUAUCUUAUUGGAGUAGAGUGAUAUAUAUGGGCGGUGCAGCAAAUUGCACAAAAUGUAUUUGUAAAAAAGGUUCAGUCCACUUUGUAUGAAUUAUGGAGUUAUGUACAAGUAUGUUAUUAUGAACUCUAUUAUG